ACACGCGCAACCCUUUUUUUUUUUAUUAAGCGGUGUCGUUUCCCAUGCCGCGGUACCGCCGAGCUUCCUUGCGGUACCGUUUUAACUCUCCGCGACGCCGCUUAACUCCAAACGACAUCGUUUUUAACCCGCGGUAUCGAAUUAAAUGCCGAGACUAAUUAAUACGGCAUUUAAUUAAUCUAAAUUAAUUUUAGGUGUAAACAAUGUCAUGCCAUCGAGAUCUUUACCCUGCUACAGUUUGCGGUUGGUUCCGAAUUGGAGCCGCACAAAAUCCAUCACCCUCUGGGGUUGCGAUCUCGCCUCUGCUUUCGGCGAUCACGAUAAUCACAGUAAUGGUUUGGCUUGUCUGGGCAGCCUCGAGCGCCUCACUCUGUCUAAAGUCAAUCUCAGUGAACAACUUCUCCACGCGGGUUUCCUGGAUAACGCUCCCCGCCUCGUGGAGUUGGAAUUGUGGUCAGUUUAUGGGAUUGAUAGACUGGAGGUGGUCUCUUCUCCUCGGCUCCAAUCAUUGCGAUUGUGUGGCAUCUAUAGAAGCAAAAAUGACUGCGAGAAAAUGCGCUCGCUGAGGAUUUCGUCUCCAAAGCUCGAGAAGUUGUGGAUGCCGUCGGGGUUGGAGGAGCUUGAGAUUGAUGCUCCUGAUCUCGUUAGUUUCUCCUGGACUGUUUAUCCCAGUGACUCCUUCACGAAGGUUAAUCUUCUCAAUCUGUCAUCUACUUGUCGAUCCACAAUUCGUGGGUUUUCGCUGGACAAGGAAUUUUCACCACAGUGGUUGAGGAUGUCCCUUUCCAGUACCGCAUUCAAUCAAUUACAAUGUCUGAACUUGGUUUUCAGCUAUUGUAUCUACUUUGCACGACGACAGGUUUGGUUUGAUUUAAGCCAAGUUGAAUAUGGUUCAGUGCCUCGAGCGAUUGAUGAAGUGAGAUUUGAGGCAACUGCGAUGUACCUUCCUAACAUAGAUCUAGCUGCGCGGUUUUUAGAGAUUUUGUUUUCAAUUUGUCAUCCUAAAUUCAUGUCGAUCAAUGUUUACCAAGAGGAGGACCCUGACCAGCCACUUGUUCAGUACAUGUGUGAUGAAUAUAUGAUGACGGGAUCUCCUGACGGCGUGACUAUUGUCGCAUCUUGGAGGCGUCAUUUGAAAGAUAUGAAGAUAGAGGAUGAAAUUACUGGUGAUAUGAUGGAUAUUUCCGAAGACCUGAUUUCUUCCCUCGCCAAUCGAAAGACUAUUCAUUUUAUGCUCACGUGGUGUUAGCUUAGGUUACAAAACUUUUGAAAGCUGGCGAUGGGGGUUAUCGUUGGAGGAGUUUGAAAUUGAUGCUCCAACUUUGCUUAGGUCAACAUUGUCAAUUCGAAAUCUCAUUAUCGAUCUAUAGUUCAUGUAGUUUCUGGGUUCUCAAUUCUCACCUCAAUAGUUUAGGUUGUCCCUCUCUACUACAUUCUCCAAAUUCCGCAACAAGAACUUGGUUUUCAACUUGAUUUUUCAUUUCUUCUGUUCGAUAAAAUUGUUCGUUGAAAGGUGCCAUAUUAAGCCAACCUAAAUGGGCUUUCCUACCUCCAUCAAUUGAUUUAAGUGUGAUAUAUAUGAUAAUAAAAAUGCUCAUAUUUUCUUUCAUUGUUGUGUUUAUGGUGCUAAACGCAUGCUUUCUAUUCGACACGUACAAUACAUGUGCAAGGAGUAUAUGAUGACAUUGACAUACUACUCUAAUAGGAGAAUGGUAUGAAGUACAAAAUGAUACUACUGUCGAGACUCGGGGAGAUAUAAUAUCCGAAAGAUAUAAUUCCAUCCAACUUUUGAAAGCUUUAAGAGUGAAAAAAAGAAGCUUUAUGGAUUAUAGAAAUUCUAGAGAGGACAUAGUAUUCCUUAUUGGUUAGGGGUGCUAAUACUUCAUUUGUUAGCAUAAUACUAAUAGUAAUAGUAUCUUAAACCAAUGGAAUCAUCAUAUUUUGAUAAUGUUUUAUAUUUGAAGGGUUAAAUACAAUUAAUAUUGAUUUUAAAGGGAGGGGCACGAUUUUAAUUUUAAAAAUUAACUCUUAUUCGCUCCACGUCUCGUUCUUAGCUAACGAGGGCGGAUCUAGUGACAAAGGGGUGCUUAGUCACUUGACUAAACCCUUUCCAGCCCUUAGAUUUGGACACAACAAUCUGACGUUUAAAAAGCGGGAAGAGCUGUUUAAUUAAUGAAAGGGGUAGUUUGGGUAUUAUAAAAAUUACAAAGUAUACAAACCGGACUUACAAACAGUACAAACCAUACAAACAUACGAACAAUACAAACUAGAGCGACAAAACAUACAAACAAUACGAAACAUACGAACUAUACAAACUAGGCCGACAAACAUUACAAAACAUACUAACAAUACAAAAUGUCACUACUUACAGUACAAAACAGUAAACUUGUAUCAUAAAUCAUUGAAUACAAAGUAUACAAAUCAGAACAUAAAGUACACAAACUAGACAAACAAACAUUAGACAUUACAAACAUAAUAAAUAAAAACGAAAAACUAGAAUGAUAAACGAUAAAAACCGAAUUGAUACAAAAUCAAAGUAUACUUACAAACAUUACAAAAUCGUCCGACAAACAAAACAAGCGUUGUCGGCGAAAAAUCCACUCCGCCUCUGCCGGAAAAUUCACCGAUACCUCCCUCCCUCGUACAGGAGCUUGGUGGGAUAACUCCAUAUAUUCCCUCUCCCUAAAAAAUGGACCGCCUGGAGAGGAAGGCGCAAAAGUAAAAUUGCACCCGGUUCCUUGGCCGGCGGGAAGAGUUCGCCGGAGAAAUCCAAGCGCCGGCGGAGGGGAUGAAACAUGCGGAAAAACAAAGGAAUUUUUAAAUAUUAAUAAUUAAAAAUAAAAUAAUCAUGCAAUUACUAUAUUACGCUUCAUUAAAUUGAAUUAAUUAAAGCCAUUAAAUUUUAAUGAGCUUGAACGGAACGACUGAGAUCGACUCAGACAAGUGAUUAACGGACCCUCCUUAGUCACCUGAUCUUAGCCCCUUAGCUAACGGCGACCACCAGAAAAAUACAAUUGGUAAAAUACG